AUCUCAGCAGACGCUUCGGCGGUCCAGCUCGGGAAUAUUGAGAGAAAAUCCGCGGACCCAGAGAACAAACGGGAUUUUACCUUCUCCAGGACCUCGGGGAGACCAUGCUGCACCGCGGGGCUCUCCGCGCGACCCUGCUGGCGCUCCUACUGCACAUCUGCUCCGCACAGAGGGGCCCGCCUGGUCCAAGAGGGCCACCCGGCCCCCCAGGACUUGUUGGCUUUUCUGGUGUUGAUGGGAUUGAUGGAGAACGGGGACCGGGGCCUGGUCCAGUUGGCCUCCCGGGCCCAGAUGGAGCUAAUGGGAAAAACGGGGCUAAUGGACUCCCAGGGAAUCCAGGAGCAGACGGUUUGACUGGGCCUGUUGGAGAACCUGGUCCAACUGGGCCUAUUGGACCCAAAGGUGAGCCUGGAGCUCCCGGACCCAGAGGAAGACCUGGUGUGGGAGAGGAUGGAGAAGCUGGUGCGGAUGGAGAAGACGGGUUGCCAGGAGAACUGGGAAAAGCUGGACCCCCUGGGAGCCGUGGCCCAAGAGGAUCGGUGGGUCUACCAGGACCAUCUGGGCCGAGAGGUCCCCCAGGCGUUUGGAACGGGGAGGAACUGUGUCCCAAUGCCUGUGUUAGUGGACUGUCGGGAUACAGUGGACUACCAGGCAUGAAGGGUCACAAAGGAGUGAAAGGUGAAUCCGGUGAGCCAGGAAGACAAGGCCAUAAGGGCGAGGAGGGAGACCAGGGAGCACCUGGAGAAGUUGGUGCACAAGGACCACCGGGUACGCAGGGUCUGAGGGGAAUAACCGGCAUCAUGGGGCCAAAAGGAGACCGGGGUCUACGAGGGACAGACGGCGACAAGGGUCCACAGGGCAUCGUAGGCGCCCCUGGUGACCGAGGACAGAGAGGAAAAGUUGGCGAGGCUGGACCAAAAGGAGCUCAGGGUCCUCGGGGUCUUCAAGGUGUGACAGGUUUCCGUGGACCUAAAGGAGAAGCUGGUUUACCAGCCAUGGAUGCCCGUGAUGGUAUCCCAGGAAUGCCAGGGGUUAAGGGAAUUCCUGGAAAAGUGGGUUCUCCUGGUGAUGUUGGUCCUCAAGGCCUGCCAGGUGUGCCAGGAAUACCAGGGGCAAAGGGCCACAGUGGGCCAAAGGGAAGCAGUGGUGAUCCGGGCGUGGCAGGACCGAUCGGGAACAACGGAAAAGUUGGUGAACGCGGUGAACAGGGCGAGGUGGGACCAGUAGGACCGAGAGGUGGGCCAGGAGAACGUGGAGUAAGGGGUCCGGAUGGCCCGCAGGGGCUGCCAGGUCAGAGGGGGCCUAAAGGAAAUCUUGGACUACCUGGUCUACCAGGCCCGGCUGGAUUCUCUGGUCAGAAAGGUGACAGGGGCGCAGUCGGACUCACUGGUCCAAAAGGCGAGCAGGGAGCACCAGGUGAGGAGGGAACCCCGGGCGAUAAAGGAGAUGUGGGUGAUGAGGGAGAACCGGGCGAGAAAGGAUCGACAGGAAAACCAGGUGAUGCUGGAAACAAGGGCCCAGAGGGGGGCCGUGGGCAGCAGGGACUGGAGGGUCCACCUGGUGAGCCUGGGCCCCGAGGCAUGCAGGGAGACCGUGGGGCACUCGGCUUACCUGGGGCACAAGGACGAGCGGGUCGUGGGCCGACUGACCAGCACAUUAAGCAGGUCUGCAUGAGAGUAAUGCAAGAGCAACUCGCUCAGCUCGCAGCCAGCCUGACCAGGCCAGAGUCCGGAGUCACCGGCCUACAGGGCCCUCCUGGUCCUCCUGGACCCCCUGGAUCUACUGGACAAAACGGCUUUCCAGGACAUCCGGGAGCCAGAGGGCUGCCAGGGCUUAAAGGACCUCCUGGUCUGCUGGGAAGAAAAGGACCUAAAGGUGACACAGGAGACAGGGGAGACAGAGGACCGACAGAACAGGGGCCUAAAGGGGUACCUGGACCUCCAGGAAUGCCAGGUGAGCCUGGACGGGCAGCGUAUGGCAGCGAGGGUCGGGAAGGUAUGCGAGGGCCUCGAGGUGUACCAGGAACGCCUGGAGUUCCAGGACCUCCUGGGCCUCCUGGCCCUAACGGAUACUGCGAGUCCUCUCAGUGUGUUCUCCAGGCCGCUGCCGGAGUAUCUGCCAAAGAGUCCAACAUGAAGGGCCCAGACGACUAUUAAAAGAACACAUAAUUAUAGGCUGGCUGCAAACUGCCAUCCAGAAGCUGCAGCCCAUCACACACUCAGAGACUAAUGGAGGAGCCUUCAGCAACUGUGAAUUUUGUCUGUACAGCAGUUCUGUUCUCUGUAACGAUAAACCAGGUACGAUUCUUUGGCUUGCAGAAAUGUGCAUUUUGAUAAAUCGAGGACUGUUUACAGAAACGGACGACAGACGAUUCCUGCUGACCCCUCAGUUCAGUUCUGAGAAAUGCUCACACAAGUCUCAGUACAUCUACUCUCAGGUUUCUGAAGCUGAAGUGUCAAAUAAAACCAGAUGCUGUCCUCCAUACUAAACUCAUGUAUAGGGACAUUAGUCCUAAUGAAGGGUUUGUACAUGAUUUAAAUGCAUAGAACUAAAUGUAAAUACAGUGACCUCAAACUGCUCAAAUACUUCAUAUUCUCAUCUUCUACACUGCCUCAUUUCCAACAAUCCAAACUCAAUGCAAAUUUGUUACUCUCAACUUCUUAAUUACACUGACGCAGAAACUGUUUCACAGCGUUUUCUUCUGCGUGCUCAUUUCUUUGCCCGAUUUUCCCACUGAUGAAGACGUUCUGCUAUUGUGGAGUUACGUUUAAUGUGUGUGGUUUGGUGAAAUGAGAAUUAGCUACAACUUUUCUAUUAUUUAUUUUAUAAAAGAGGUUCAAUGUUACAGAUACGAUUGUGAAAAAGGGGUAAAUAAAAGAUUUUGAUAAA